AGGGGAUGUAUGAAGCUGUCUCUCAUCGCUCGCCCGCUUUCUACCCACAGCGAGUAGCCGCAGAUCUGAAACCUUCAACUCUGUAAGCAAUGGAGAUGGCAAGUCUUAGAGCAAUACUAAAGAUUACAUCUUGGACUGUUUCCCUCUUCUCCCUUCUUAUCUUCUCAAGCAUGAGAUCGGCAGAGGCUUAUGAUUCACUUGAUCCGAAUGGAAACAUAACUAUCAAAUGGGACAUCAUGCAGUGGACUCCAGAUGGCUAUGUUGCAGUUGUAACUAUGUUCAAUUUUCAACAAUAUCGUCAUAUUCAAGCACCAGGAUGGGUCUUGGGAUGGACCUGGGCGAAGAAGGAGGUGAUCUGGUCCAUGGUUGGAGCACAGACCACAGAGCAAGGAGAUUGCUCAAAAUUUAAGAGCAACAUUCCCCAUUGCUGCAAGAAGGAUCCCACAGUUGUAGAUCUUCUUCCAGGAACUCCCUAUAAUAUGCAGAUCGCGAAUUGCUGCAAAGGCGGAGUCAUUAACUCUUGGGUUCAAGAUCCUUCCACUGCCGCGAGUUCAUUUCAGAUCAGUGUGGGUCUGGCUGGAACGACUAAUAAGACUGUUCGUGCUCCAAAGAACUUCACACUUAAUGCUCCAGGCCCUGGGUAUACUUGUGGGCAGGCAACUAUUGUGAAACCUACUAAAUUUAUCACACAAGAUGGAAGGAGAACAACUCAAGCUCUCAUGACAUGGAAUGUUACAUGCACAUAUUCACAACUCCUUGCUCAGAAAACUCCCACAUGCUGUGUCUCUCUUUCUUCUUUCUACAAUGACACCAUAGUCGAUUGUCCGACGUGUGCCUGUGGCUGCCAAAAUAACAUAACUCAGCCCGGAAGCUGCGUGGAAGAGGAUUCACCUUACUUGGCAUCCGUUGUGAAUGGCCCCGGCAAGAAGACCUUCACACCUUUGGUGGAAUGCACACCUCAUAUGUGUCCUAUAAGGGUUCAUUGGCAUGUAAAACUUAACUACAAAGAGUACUGGAGGAUUAAGAUCUCUGUAACUAAUUUCAACUAUCGGAUGAAUUAUACGCAGUGGAACCUUGUCGUUCAGCACCCUAACUUUGACAAUGUUACCCAAAUAUUUAGCUUCAAUUACAAGUCCUUGACCCCUUACUCAGCAUCAAUAAAUGAUACUGCAAUGCUGUGGGGAGUUAAGUACUACAACGACUUGCUCAUGGAAGCUGGUCCUCUUGGAAAUGUGCAAUCAGAAAUACUAUUUCGCAAAGAUUCGUCGGCUUUCACAUUUGAGAAAGGAUGGGCUUUUCCUCGACGUUUAUACUUCAAUGGUGAUAACUGCGUUAUGCCACCGCCAGAUGCGUAUCCAUGGCUGCCAAAUGCGAGCCCGAGGCUAAUUCCCAUUAUCGCUUCGCCAGUCAUGGGUUUUCUUGCAAUUUUGGCUUGCUUGCUGGGUUAUCCCUACUAAAAUGCAAAAUAUAGAGCUUGCUUACAUAUUUGAUUCUUUCAACUUUGUAACAUACAACAAGGUUCUAUGCUCCACGGUACUGGGAGCCUUAUUCAACCAUGUCCUCUUCUUAGUAAUUUUAAAUAUGUGUUUGGAAACCGGGGUUGGCUUCUCCACAAGAUCAUAAAAGUUCAGUUGUAGCAAAGGAUGUGUAGGCUCAGGUUUGUGAUGGCUGAUAUUGAUGGAUAACAUUGUUCACUAUAUCAUUAAUUACAAAUAAGUGAUUGGAAUUCAAUUU